CAGACAUGACUCCGGGCGCUGCUUGUCUCCGGCUUUGCGCCUUCGUUCUCCUCCUGGGCCCGGGCUUGGGGGUCUCCUCCCCGCCCGAGGAGCGUGCGGGGAGCCCAGGCGGGGGGGCGGACGAACUGCCCAGCGUACUGAUCGCCAUCCUGGCCCGCAACGCCCAACACUCCCUGCCCCAUUACCUGGGGGCCCUGGAGCGCAUGGAUUACCCCAAGGAGCGCAUCUCCAUCUGGUGCGCGACAGACCACAACGUGGACAACACAACGGAGAUGCUGCACGAAUGGCUUACGGCCGUCGAAAGUCUCUACCGGCACAUUGAGUGGAGAUCUGUGGACGAGCCCAGCUCUUACCCUGAUGAACUGGGGCCCAAGGAGUGGAGUAACCAGCGUUUUGAACACCUCAUGAGGCUCAAACAGGAAGCUCUGAGCUUCGCCAGGGCUGAACGGGCCGAUUACAUUCUGUUCGCCGACACUGACUGCAUUCUGACAAACAACCAGACCUUGAAAUUCCUCAUCGCACAAAACAAAUCGGUUGUGGCGCCCAUGCUGGAGUCCCAGACGUAUUACUCUAACUUCUGGUGUGGGAUUACGCCUCAGGGUUACUACCGCAGGACGGCCGACUAUUUCCCCACCAAGAACCGGCAGCGCCUCGGAUGCUUCGCCGUGCCCAUGGUGUACGCCGCCUUCUUGAUUGAUCUGCGGAAAGCUGACACCGCCGGGCUGGCCUUUCACCCGCCCCAUCCCGGCUACACCUGGCCCUUCGAUGACAUCAUUGUCUUUGCAUAUUCCUGCCAGGUCGCAGGAGCCCAGAUGUACUUGUGCAACCAGGAGCACUUGGGGUACAUCAACGUCCCCGUGAAGUCUCAUCAGACCCUGGAAGAUGAACGCGUCAACUUUGUGCAUCUUAUCCUGGAGGCCAUGGUGGACGGACCUCCCAUGUUCCCCUCCAGGCACGUUUACCUCCCCCCGAAGCACCCUACCAAAAUUGGGUUUGAUGAGGUGUUCCUCAUCAAUUUGGCGCGGCGUCCAGACCGCCGGCAGCGCAUGCUAGACGCACUCUUGGAGUUGGAGAUCGACCCCUUGGUGGUGAACGCGGUGGACGGAAGUGCCCUGAACAGCAGCGACAUCAAGAAACUGGGGGUAGACCUCCUACCAGGCUAUUAUGACCCUUUUGCGGGCAGGACGCUCACCAAGGGAGAAGUUGGCUGCUUCCUCAGCCACCACCGUGUAUGGAAAGAGAUAGCUGAGCGGGGGCUGGAGAGGUCGAUCGUGUUGGAGGAUGACGUGCGGUUUGAGGCUUACUUCAAGAAGCGACUUCGGAGGUUGAUGGAUGAACUGGAGCAGGCACAGAUGGACUGGGACCUGAUCUACCUAGGCAGGAAACAGGUGAACUCGGAGAACGAGGAGCUGGUGGAGGAUGUGCGAAACCUGGUGGUCCCGGAAUAUUCCUACUGGACCUUGGCCUAUGUCAUCUCGCGGCAGGGGGCUCAGAAACUGCUGGACGCGCGGCCACUCUCCAAAAUGCUGCCCGUGGAUGAAUUUCUGCCCAUCAUGUAUGACAAGCACCCCAACGAGGGUUACAAACAGCAUUUCAGCCACCGCGACCUGCGGGCGUAUUCGGUGCGUCCCCUCCUGGCCUUCCCAACCCACUACACUGGGGACGCCCAAUGGAUGAGUGACACGGAGACCUCCACCAUCUGGGACGACGACUCGCGCAAAACAGACUGGAGCGGCUCACAGAAGACCCUGAAAGAUGCCCGUGGCAGCAGAGGCACAACCGACCAUUCCUUUCGCUCGGCCUCUAGGGAUGAGCUAUAAAAGCGGUCUGGCUCACCUUCCGCACCCCUACGAGUGUGAGAGAAAUUCAAAAGCCAGGUUACAUUCUCCCACUCUCCACCUUCUCUCAGGACACUGUUUGCUUGAGAUGUUUGAACAAAGAGGGGACUGUGUGCGAAACAUGUUUCAAAGGCCGGUGUGUGCUUUCCCAGCAACUCUGAAAUCUCCCAUGUGGGACCACAAAGGCGCUUUCAGGCCAGUAAUGUGGAACUUUUCCUUCACGUUCCCCUGGGAACAAAGCUGAAUUCACACCUACAGCGGAGUGGCUCUGGAACUGCCGUGACCUUGGGUCCCCUUGGAUAUUUCUUCUUCUUUUUAA